AUGUCGGCCACAGACCCCGCGUCCUCGCCCGACAUCAUGAACGAUCCGCAGUUUGACCCUACCGAAGCCAGCGACAAAUCGCCUUCCGAGGGCGACACAUGCAGAAUAUGUCGUAGCGAGGGUUCUGCUGCAGAGCCGCUCUUCUACCCCUGCAAGUGCAGUGGCAGCAUCAAGUUCGUCCACCAGGACUGCUUGAUGGAGUGGCUCUCACAUUCCAACAAGAAGCACUGCGAGCUCUGCAAGACCCCCUUUCGCUUCACAAAGCUUUACGACUCGCACAUGCCUCAAACCCUGCCGCUGCCCAUCUUCGCAAAGAAAGCCUGUCUUCACGCUUUGAAUUACCUUUUGACAUGGGCUCGCGCUGUCACCGUCGCCCUCGUCUGGCUUGUUGUGCUCCCGUGGUGCAUCCGUUGGUCAUGGAGGGGUCUCUUCUGGAUCUUGGAUGCAGGUUGGGCAAGAGACCCUUGGUUGGCUAAGAUGGCUCAUGCUGCCCAACAACACAACACCUCCACUUCUGCUACCGGCACACCUCCCGACAAGGAGCCAUUCGGCCUGAGUCUAGGCAAGUUCCUAGUGAGCACCUUUUUCUAUCCUUUGAAGCCUCUGAGCCAACCCGCCCUCUAUUCUUCGCUGAAUACACAAUCUGAAUCGUCCUUCGUACCGCCCUAUUCUAGCUUGUUAUCCGAUGUCAAGGCUGUAAACAAUCUGACGUCUCACAUCUGGCUCAAUCGUUUCAUUCUAGAUGUGCUCGAGGGCGACAUAAUCACCAUCAACGUCGUAGUCGCUUUCAUUCUUGUUUUUCUGAUUCGGGAGUGGGUUGUUCAACAGCAACCAAUAAUCAAUGCUGCCGCCCAUAUCCGCGACGCAGAGGUACAAUUGGAUGUUGCCGAACGAGCCGCUCAACGCUUGCACGACCUUGAGGCCGCCGCAUUGGAGGAUGAGAACCUUCGACCUGCACUAGAGCGUUAUAGGCAUAUCUUUGACCAGCUCCCGGGCGAAGUCGAAGCUCCUGAAGAAGAUGGUACUCAGUUCAUUGGUUGGUACGCCAUGGAAACUCUGAUGGACAACGCAGGCGUGCCCCAUGAAUUCGAGGGUGAGGACCAUGAGGAGUUUAUGGAAGGAUUCGAGGAGUCCACUGAGGAGUUACUCGAACAAAUCAAACUUGCGGGAGAUUCUGGCAUAUCUCGCCCUGACAUCGCACAGAACCUAUGGGCUAUUCUGGACAACCUAGGUCACCCCGAGAGGGAUCUCUGGCGCGAAUUUCUGCUCAACGAGGACCAAACUAAAUACAUGAUGUCUAGUAACCCUCCUCAAGACAAGAUUGGCGUGUCCGACGACGAGUAUCCCGAAGCAGGCACUGCACAUUCUGCAUCUGAUAUGGACCACGAUGCAGACGAUGANCUUUUAAGUGAGCCACGAAGGCGACCGGCAAUGCCUCCGAGAGACGCAUCAUCACACGCACAGAGGGUCAUACAAUCGCUAGAAGAGCCCUCAAUCGACUUUGGAUCUAGCAAUCAUCGCGACACUGAACUCGAUGGCAAUAGCAGUCGUGGGAGUUGGCAAUCAAUCAUCGCUUCCUCUGACUCAGAGCCAUUGAAUAUCACAACAACUUCGCGAUCUAUCCACCUUGAUGAAGAACAUCGGGAAGACGACCAGGACACUGAUGUUCUCAACAUAACAGCGCCCGGUCAUUCGACAGAAUCUCGAUCCGGUGUUGCCGCCAUAGAAUCGAAUAGGAGUCCCACAGACGAAGUCAUGUCGCAGGAAUCACCGACAGAAGCCGAUCAGACCACGGAAGAGGAGCCUCCAGCUGAUCUGCAACGGGCCCCAGAGAGUUCCGCUGAGGCACCGACUACAUCAGAGCAAAACAUUGUACCCCAGCCGGCACAACCUGAUGAACCACACAAAGGUCCAAUUGCUAGAUUGUUUGACUGGUUCUGGGCUGAUAUUGUGAUUGAGGAGGAUGAAAACGACCCUUUGCCUGGCAUUUUCGACGAGGAGAUUGUCCGUAACGAAGCAGAAGAACCGCCAUUUGUUCACAUCCAUGCUGGAGAGCACGUCCACAUGCCUGAAAAUGCGCAGGAUCCUGAAGUUCUCCAAGCCGCAGCCGAGGUUGGCUUGGAUGCUGAAGCUAUCGAAGAUGCUGAAGAUCUUGAAGGUGUCCUCGAGCUGAUCGGCAUGCAAGGUCCUCUGGCUGGGUUAGCACAAACAGCUGUGUUCUGCGGUUUCCUCAUCACAGCCACCCUCUGGAUCGGAAUUGGUCUACCUUACUUCUUCGGAAAGAUCGCGUUACUCUUCCUCGGAGAUCCAAUCACAUCCAUGGUCAUGACCCCUUUGCGCGUUGUUUCUGUUGUUGCAGACGCCAUUGUUGACGUUACGGUCUAUGUUGGCGGUGCAGCUACAUACUUUGGAUCUCAGAUUGUGACACAACUGCUCUCGCUCCUACUGGGCUCUGUUCUUCAGAAGCUAGGCCUAGGAUAUGUGCAAGCUUUGGCAAACCGUGCGCACCACGCAGCUAACGGAGCUGGCGCACGUUUGGCUGAUUUAUUCGAUGGUGACGGACCAGUGGAGCUGGGACCAUUGAUGAUAUCCAUGCAGGCACAUCAAUCUCUUCUUAAUCUAAAAACCGAAGCUGCGCAGUUGGGAAGAUUUAUCGUCAACUGUGUAUCGGGCUUCUCGUAUCAUAUGCAGAACUCGACAGCAUCGGAUAUGCUCAGUAUGAUCAACAAAACAGCCAUGAGAACACUGCAGCAUACAACAACGAGCUACACAUGGAUUCGUGCGAUGCUGCGAGAAGGGCUGUCGGAGGCUAUGACCGAUGGUACCUUUACCUUCACUGUCAAGCACGAUAAAAGCUCUUUGGAUCCCGCUUUGGCUGUCUGGACCAACGAAGAUCGUUGCUUGACCGUCCUCGCCGGAUACAUCCUUCUCGCCAUGUUGGGAACUAUGUAUCUACUCCGCAAGGAAUCGCUGUUCAGCUCGCCAGGCUUACAGCUGAUUGAGAAGAGCUUCGCUGAUCUCCUCAAGCAAGCCGGUGGUGUGCUGAAGGUAAUCUUGAUCAUAAGCAUUGAAAUGCUCGCGUUUCCACUUUACUGCGGCAUGCUCUUGGAUUGUGCUUUGCUUCCGCUCUUCGAGAACGCUUCACUCACUUCCCGACUUGCUUUUGCCAGCCGGUCGCCAUGGCUGUUCGUAUUCUUGCAUUGGUUCAUUGGCACUUGCUACAUGUUCCACUUCGCUCUNUUCGUGUCCAUGUGUCGCAGAGUGUUGCGAAGUGGCGUUCUCUACUUCAUCAGAGAUCCUGAUGAUCCGACUUUCCAUCCUGUUCGUGACGUCCUGGAGCGCAGUGUCACAACUCAACUUCGCAAGAUAGCAUUUAGUGGUCUUGUGUAUGGUGGACUCGUGAUCGUUUGUCUUGGUGGUGCUAUCUGGGGCACUUCGCGAUUCGGUGUAUUCCCCAUUCGAUGGGCCAGACCAGAGGCGGAUUUGGAGUUCCCCAUCGACUUCCUAGGAUAUAAUCUCCUUGCUCCAGUGGUGGCCCUCUACCUUUUCCCUUCUAAAGGAAUGGAGAGAGUCUUUGGGAAAUGGCUCAAGCUCUGCGCACGUUCAUUACGCCUCUCUCAAUUUCUCUUUGGCGAGAGACGAAAAAUCGAAGAGGGGCAUCUGAGAGGAGAAUCGUGGCUCAGCAAACUCAACAUUUGGAAGGAUCAGCGCGCCAUCGUAAAAUCUGAAAAUUUCGUCAAGGACGGCAAGUACGUUCGAGCACCAGCCACCGACCAGGUUAGGAUCCCUCGGGGCGAAAGAGUGUUCCUCGAGGUUAACGAGAGCGAUCAACGAGUAGAUGGUACAAACACCAGCAACGGCGUACAUGGGCGACAACCUGAAAACUUCAUUCAGGUGUACAUUCCGCCAUGGUUCCGCUUACGCAUUCUCACAUUCAUCUCGUGUUUGUGGAUGUUCGCCAUCGCUAUGGGCUUUGGCGUCACUGUUGUGCCCAUGAUCUUUGGGCGACAGAUCAUAUCAAUCCUUGCUCCUGACCAUCUCGCGCCCAAUGAUCUGUACAAUUUUGCCGUCGGUAUUACUGCCUUGGGCAUAGUGCUUCAAUCACUUUUCAAUGGACGAAAAGCAAUUGGGGCUCUCAAGAACAUGACAUCACGACAAAACUUGGCUGCUGUCAGUGCCAACAUCAAGAAGCAAACAUGGCGUUCAAUUCGCAGCGCUUAUGUGUAUGGAUUUGCUAUUGUGAUCGUCCCGUCUCUCUUUGCGCUUGUCCUAGAGCUUUACCUCAUUCUGCCUCUUCGCACCUAUAUGGGUCCAGCAGCUAUGAACCAGGAGAGUGCCAACAACAUUCUGAACAACUCGCCAGGAGCUCACGUCACCCUUAACAACACAACUCUCACGGACUUCACAGAGACCCAAGUUGCGCAAGUAGCAGUGGCGUCGCACUCUUUCCAUAUCNNCCUUCAAGAUUGGACACUUGGAUUCAUCUAUGGAAGAGUGGUCUUACGCCUGCUGCUCUUGUCACGUAACUCCCGACCAGCUGCGGCGUUCCGUAUGAUCACUCGUGAUGGAUUCACUAAUCCCAACGCUGGGUUGGCAACUCGUGCAUUCGUUUUGCCAACACUGCUGCUGUUCUCGAUCGUCCUGAUUUGUCCUCCACUCAUCGCUUCGGUGCUGGAUGUCACGAACGUGAUCUCCGCUGCUGUCCGUACCAAGGUCUAUCGUUACAGCUAUCCGAUAUGCGCCAGUCAGGUGCUAGGUUUGUGGUGUACAUGGGAGCUGAGCGAGGGAAUGCGUCGCUGGAGGGGUCGCAUCAAGGAUGAAGUGUAUCUUAUUGGAGAAAGACUACACAAUCUGGGCGAGAGAAGACCACCUGAGGGCAGUAAGAGCGUUGUUCGCCGACACAGUUAG